AUGAUGAGAUGCUGGGUGUCCCUCCUGCUCCUUGGGUCGGUCUCGGCCAACGUCUUCCUCCGGGACACCCCUCCUCUGAGCUACAGCAAGGCCCAAGCUGCCGUGGUCAAGCAGUACAACACCGAGGCCACCCCCCAGAACCUUUACCGCCUGGUGAGCGCAGACCCCAUGCCCAAAUGGAAUCCCACCUCUUCAGACUUCCAGUCCUUUCCACUCAAGAUCAAGGAGACAGUGUGCCACGGAGACCCUGAGAAGAUCAAGGUGGACAAGUGCGCCUUCAAGCCCAACGGGAUAACCCAGGCCUGCACUGCGGGGUAUCAAUAUAAGGGUGGGAAACCCCCGAAAGCCCAGACGUUCAUUCUGUGCAAAAAGGUAAAAUAA